AUGGGAGCAGCAAAAGAAGAGCAGGCAAAGGCUGAAGCAACACAUCUAAGAACAGCUGCAGAAACACAGCCGUCAAUUUCAGCAGAGGAAGAAGAUAAUGUAAAGACAGCUUGUGAAGCCUCUAUCAAAACCAUCAGAAAAUAUCGAACGAAACUUGCCGAACAACUCAAGCAUAAUAGAGAGGUUAUUCAGAAGAACACUCAAGAAACUCACGCAUCACCAAGCAGUACUGAGCAACUUCAAAGUGCUCAAAAACGCUAUGCAAUU